AUGGCUACUAUUACCUCUUAUAAUUUGAGAAAUCCUGCUGUAAAACGCCUUUUGCAAGAAGCUAGAGAAUUACAGCAGGAUCAAUGUUGUGAUUAUACAGCACAGCCUCUUGAGCCAAAUGGCAGGUUUGAGCUUAACAAAAAAAUAUGCUUAAGCAUCACAGGAUUUCACCCAGAAUACUGGCUGCCAGCUUGGGGAAUUCGCACUGUUUUAUUGGGUUUAAUUGGAUUUUUAACAACUAAAGCGAAUGGCGCGAUUGGUGGAAUUGAUUAUACAGAAAAUGAAAGAAGAAUACUGGCUCAAAGUAAUAGUGAUGCCGACCAAUCUUUGACAUAUAAUAAGUCCAAAGCCGAUGAUUACAUGCCCCAGUUUUCUUUUUUAUAUGACGAGGAACGGAACACAAAUACUGCCAAUUCUAGUAACACUCCUAAAGAUUCAGAUAGUAAAGAAACUAUGCUUGAAUAUCCUAAUUCCGAAUUAAAUAACAAAUCGACAAAUAUUGUUUCUGAACAACAUCAAUUACCAAGAGACAUUAUACCAGUACCUUCACAACGACCAUCACGUUUGCCAAGAUCCACAUUUAUAAUCGACGCAUUAAUUGCGACCUUGGUAGCUAUAAUGAUUGCCUUGAUUGUCAAGAAACUUUUGUAG